AUGGCGAGAAACAAGACCUACUCUGAGGCCAUCUCGUUGUUGAAUACUUGUCAAUCAAAUGCAGCAACCAUCGAAGCGAUACGUAAAUCAGGAGGAAGGUUGAAUGAACAUGCUGUAGCCGAGAUGCACGACUACCUGAGGAAGAUAGGAUAUAAGCCUGACGAUCUCAACAAGCUCAGUGUCGUGCAUAUAACAGGAACGAAAGGGAAGGGGUCAACAUCUGCCUUCACAGAGCGCAUUCUAAGAACACAUAUACCGAAUGGUAAGAUUGGAUUAUACACCUCACCUCAUCUGUGUGCGGUACGAGAAAGGAUAAGGAUCAAUGGCGAACCGAUAUCCGAAGAAAUAUUCGCCAAGUAUUUCUUUGAAGUUUGGGAGAAGUUGGAGGCUGAUUCUAAAACAUUGACACCUCAAACACCCCAAUUCCCAAUAUAUUUCCGACUCCUAACCCUUUUAGCGUUCCACGUCUUCUUAUCUGAAUCCAUUACAGCAACAGUCCUAGAAGUAGGUAUAGGCGGUCUAUACGAUUCCACCAACAUCGUACCCAAACCCAUCGUCACUGGUAUAACGAGUCUGGGAUUGGAUCACACUGCCGUAUUGGGAAAUACGAUAGAGGAAAUAGCGAGGAACAAAGCUGGGAUAUAUAAGAAGGAUGUUCCUGCAUUAAGUGUUGUGCAGGACAAGGGAGGGGAAGUUUUGAAAGAGGUUGCUGAGAAGAAUGGGGCUCCAUUCGAAGUGAUCCCCACGAUACCUCCCACGCCAUUGGGCUUACCAGGUUCUCAUCAACUUAUCAACGCCUCACUCGCCGUAGCGCUAUGUUCCAAAUUCCUCUCCAUACAGAAAUACCCUUUCCGACCAUCUUCCUCUUCCUCCUCUUCUUCAAUACCCGAGUCUUUUGUCGAACCGUUAGCGCAGACGCGUUGGCCGGGUCGAUGUCAACAGGUGAAACAAGGCGAGACCACCUGGUUAUUGGAUGGAGCACAUACGAUAGAAUCGUUAAGAUCAUGCGCAGAAUGGGCUUUUGCAGAAGGUAAGAAACCUGAUGUAUUGAUAUUCAACUGUUCGGGUGGAAGAGCGGGCGAAUCGUUAUUGAAUGAAUUACUCGAAACUGGAUCGAAAGUUAAGGGAGUGAGUAGAGAAGAUCUAGGAAGAGGGUUCGCAAAAGUUGUUUUCUGUACGAAUGUUACGUAUACAGAUGGGCAUUUCAAAAGUGACCUCCACGCAACGGCCAUAGAUCCCAAUGACCUCUCUCAGCUUGCCACCCAAAACGCACUUAGAGAUGCAUGGUUAAAGCUGAACCCUGAGUACAAUCCUGAUAAUGUCCACGCUGUACCUUCCAUCCAACAUGCUGUCAAGAUCGUACGAGAAGCAGGCGAGAGACAGGUAUUGGUUGCUGGAAGUUUACAUUUGGUAGGGGGUGUUAUGGAAGUUGCUGGUUUACAAGAUGCUUUGAGUAUGGUAUAG